AAAAUAUAAGUCUGAACUCCUAAAUCACAAAAAAAAAAAUCAGAACGGACCACUCGAUCAAUUUCCCCAAAAGCUUUAAAAUUUAUGAGGGUUCGUAAUCCUCCCGGCACAUACAACGUUUGUGAAGUCUUCUUGAUAACGUUUAAAAGAAACAGACAGCCAUUAAAUUCAGUAGGCGAGUCCAACAACCCAUGUCCGUCUUUCCCACGACUUCUGGGCACUCCCUGCCCUACUCAGACUUCACUGGUUAAGUGAAAUCAGUGAAUUUUUAAUGACAAAAGAAAUGAAAUCCAGUUUCAAUGGCGGAAAGACUCUGUGCAUGAAUUGGAGGAGAAACCAACUUGAAGCUAUUCUCAAGUUAGUUGUUGAAAAUGAAGAAGAAAUAUUGGAUGCGCUUCAUACUGAUUUGGGCAAGAGUCAAACUGAGGCAUACAGAGACGAGGUUGCUCUUGUAAUAAACGCGGCAAGAUUUGCUCUUAAAAACCUACAUAAAUGGAUGGCACCCAUAGGGGUUUCUCUUCCACUUAUAGCAUUCUAUGGUUCAGCCUCACUGAUUGCAGAGCCCCUUGGUGUAGUUUUAAUAUUCACUACAUGGAAUUUUCCUUUCAAUUUGGCUUUAGAGCCACUGGUAGGGGCCAUUGCAGCUGGAAAUGCUGUGGUUUUAAAGCCCUCGGAAAUGGCUGCUGCUACAUCAGAUCUCCUUGCAUAUCUUAUUCCCAAGUACUUGGAUAACAGUAUGAUUAGAGUUGUUCAAGGUGGCCCUGAGGAGUGCGCUAAAUUGCUGGAGCUAAAGUGGGACAAGAUAUUUUUCACUGGCAGUGCACGCAUUGGGCGAAUUGUAAUGACUGCAGCUGCAAAACAUCUUACGCCAGUUACUCUGGAAUUAGGUGGAAAAUGCCCCACAAUAGUCGAUCGCAUGCAUAGUAAUGAUGAUUUGCUGGUGACAGCAAAGCGAAUAGUCUUUGGCAAAUGGAUGUUAUGCAAUGGACAAGCAUGCGUCUCCCCUGACUACAUUCUUGUGCAAGAAGAAAUUGCUGCUGCUCUGGUCGAUUCCCUGAAGAAGACUAUCAAAAAGUUUUAUGGAGAGGAUCCCAGCAAAAGUAGUGAUCUCUCAAGAAUUGUCAACAAAAACCAUUUUUUGAGGCUUACAAAGUACCUGCAAGAUCCAUCUAUUGCAAAUACCAUAGUCUACGGUGGCAGACAUGAUGAGAAGAGAUUGUAUAUGCAGCCAACAAUCCUGCUUAAUCCGCCGUUGACGUCAGACAUAAUGAACGAGGAAAUUUUCGGACCCCUGCUUCCUGUCAUCACAAUGAAAAGGAUUGAAGACUCCAUAGAGUUCAUCAAUUCAAGGCCAAAGCCACUGGCCAUCUAUCUUUUCACAAACAGAGAAAACCUCAGGAAAAGACUUUUGAACGAGACAUCCUCAGGGAGCUUGGUAUUCAACGACACUGGUGUUCAGUUUGCUCUUGAUGGUUUGCCAUUUGGAGGGGUGGGAGAAAGUGGGUUAGGGAAGUACCAUGGAAAGUACUCAUUCGACACUUUCAGUCACCAAAAGGCAGUGCUGUACAGAUCCCUCUUUCCUGAGAUUUUCUUCAGAUAUCCUCCAUGGAAUGCUUUCAAGCUCAACAUGCUCAAAACUUCUCUUGCCUUCGACUAUUGGGGAGCAGUAUUGGUUUUCUUAGGCCUAAAAAAAAUGUGUUCUGAAGUAAACAGAGAACAGAAGAUGGAAUGAUUGCCCGAGUGGCUGCUGGUGAGGUGUGUGAUUAUUUGGAGAAGACUAUAAAAAGUAGAAUGGUAGCAUAUGGACACCAAAAUAAAUGAGAGUAGAUUAUCAGUAUUUAAAACAGUAUACUAGUCAUCUUUUAGAUCAGAUUAAAGCAUCCUACUGUUUAUAUAUUUUAUUAGCUAUUCAGAAGUUUGACUGAAUAUAAGAGAAAAUUGGAUUAA